CUUGACUGGCUAUUAGAACUUUCAAGUUUGAUUGGAGGUCCAUUUUUUUCCACACACUGGAGAGUUCAAAUGUGGUCAUUCAUUUCAUGUGGUAACACAAGAUGCAUGAGAUUCUCUGUCUCUCUCUCUCGGGUUACUUGAGCUCAUAUCUCCAGACUCUCCAGCAGCAGCAGCAGGGGAGCCGGCUGCUCCCCAGUCUCUAACUUGUGAAUCAAUUAUGCGUCAGAUCGGCUCAGACGCUGGCAUGUGAAAAGGAAAGAAAAAAAAACGAAAAAAAAAAAAAAAAACACGGAGGGGCGGGGACAUAUGACAAACACGACCCCCCCUCCCUUAAUGAACUGUAGUGGUGAGGGACUGGAGUGUUGUUUAUUUCUGUCGGAGGUCUCUCACCGGUCCGGCGGAAUAUCUGUUGCUUCUGGGGAACAAUGCACUGCAGGAGUGUGUGCUGCAAUCGCUGGUCAUCUGAGGAGAGGCUCGAUGGGAAAACUGUCAUCAUCACUGGAGCCAACACCGGGAUUGGCAAAGAAACUGCCAGGGACCUGGCAAGAAGAGGUGCACGCAUCAUUAUGGCAUGCAGAGACCUGGAGAGGGCAGAGGAGGCACGGGCAGACAUUUUGGAAGACACAGGAAAUGAGAAUAUGAUCAUCAGAAAACUGGAUCUGUCUGACACCAGGUCCAUCCGAGCCUUCGCUGAACUUAUCAACAAAGAGGAAAAACAGGUGAAUAUACUGAUAAACAAUGCUGGUAUUAUGAUGUGCCCCUACUCCAAGACCACUGAUGGAUUUGAAAUGCAGCUAGGGGUCAAUCAUUUGGGACACUUCCUGUUGACUCAUCUGCUGCUGGACCUCAUCAAGCGUUCAACCCCCGCCCGCAUCGUUGUCGUGGCAUCGGUGGCCCACACCUGGACCGGCCUUCGACUCGAUGACAUCAACAGUGAGAGGAGUUACGAUACCAUGAAGGCCUACGGACAGAGCAAACUGGCUAAUGUCCUCUUUGCACGCUCACUAGCCAAGCGGUUACAAGGUACGGGGGUGAGCGUGUUCUCUCUGCACCCGGGGGUGGUUCAGUCGGACCUGUGGAGGCACCAGCACCAGUGUAUCCAAGUUGCCGUGAAGAUCUUCAGGAUUUUCACCAAGACAACAGUGGAGGGAGCACAGACCACCAUUUACUGCGCCGUGGAGCCGGGUCUGGAGAGUCUGAGCGGAGGUUAUUUCAGCGACUGCGCCCCUACAAGGUGCUCCAGGGCGGCUUCUGAUGAUGACUUGGCCCAGAAACUGUGGGAGGUCAGCUGCAACCUACUUGGGAUAACCUGGCAGUGAAUAGUGGCAAAUUAAGUACAGUAAAAAAAAGUAAACAUUGUAUUUCAUGUUUAAACAUCAUGCUUCAGACAGCACUUCUAUAGAGGCAUUAAUGUUACUGUUGUGAGGUAGACUCAAAGCACAGUAGAGCCCAAAGGUAUCUGGAUCGCUCCAAAGACCUUCUUUGCGUUUGUCAAAAACAAAUCACAUGUUUUAAUCAGACUGUACUGUAUGAUCAGAAACGGCAUGACAUUUGUCCGUGUAAAAGUGUUCCUUAUAUGACAGUUUUCAAUACUUUUUUGUAGAAUUUGAAAAUGUUGAAAGAUCAAUUUUAAUGUCCUGUCUUUUUACCGUGCUUUUACUAACUGAUGAGGACUGUGUGGUCAGUAUUGUGUCCAGAGUGCAGACGCUGCUGCUCUUGUCUUGUGAAGAAUUUAACCAGCAUGAUUUGCUGUGGCUAAAACUUACCCGAGGCGUGAACUACAUGCAACUUUACAGACUUUUACUUUGCAAACUCUUGCGCAGAAGAGAGAUAGUUUUGUGCCACUGAUGAGAAUAAUUCUGCUCCAAACCAACUUCCAAAGUGCAUUUUUAAAGUCGUAUUUGACUGAGUCCUGUUAAGAGUCGUUCCAACGAAUGAGGAAUUCACUUAUGAAGCUUGCGUUACGUCUCUGCCCUUUUUACUGCUUAGAGUAUCACAGUGUACAUGUGUUGAUUGGUAUAACUCAGAUUUUUUUCAUUGAGCUGCUUUAUUGAAUUGGGUUGGGCCGUCAUAUGAACUGCUGUUUCUGUGGCUUUUCCUCUGUGGCUAUAUUUAAUUAAUAAAUCACAACCACAAUAUGGUAACGUAUAGUUGUAAUUAUAAAAUCAAGUGUCAUUCACGUUGACUUCAAUAAAUCAUCUUAUAUCGUGGAUAUGUUUUGUUACGACACAAUGUAAAAAAAAUAAACCCUUUAGACUGAGAACAUUUUUCUAA